UUUUCUCUCUGGGUAAACGUGCCGGAUUUACGUUCUUUUUUCCUCCGUGGGAAGCCAUGAUGGCAGUUUGAGACUGAGCGGAGCGCCCUGAGGAGAGAUGAGUCCCGCCGAUAGACCGCACAUCUUCACGCUUCUCCAGCGGCUACCGUCGCAGAUCUAACACAGUUCAGGUGGAGACUGUCAGUUGUCAUUUUUCACGGAACCAACUUGGCCAUCCAGCGACGACGAUGAUCAUUCGUUAGGAGGGUUUUGAGGAGGAGGGGGGGCGGUUUAGCAGUGGUGGCUAGCGGGCGAUGCUAGUCGGGAAAGGCUCGCCUGUGUGUUUUCUUCUUCGCGCAGAGAUGGAGAGGAUUCGCUCCUCUCUCUGGACCUGAUCACGGCGCGCGCGCCGGAUACACAGACUUCUGCCUUACUAUUGUUGUUACUGUACCGGAUGCAUUUCGGUUUGACCGGGCCGCGGGACCGGAGGACCUUUUCACCAGCUCGGAGGACUGAGCGAUCGGGACCGAUAGAGUCGGGCCUGCUGCGCCGGAGCGGAUAGAGGCCCGUCUGCAAAAAGCUGUAAUCCGGCCCGCUGCGCGAGACCCACCAAGCCAGUCCGCACGCACGCACACACACACACACUCAAGGGUGAGAGAGGAAACUAACGUUAAUCACCUUUCUAACAAUAAACCGGAAUAAAACUGAGGUGUUUUGAACUGCUGUCAUGGCAAUGACUGCAAAAAUUAAAGAAAUAGUCAGUCGGAAUAAGAGGCGCUACCAAGAAGAUGGGUUCGAUUUGGACUUAACGUACAUCUACCCAAAUAUCAUUGCCAUGGGAUUCCCUGCAGAACGGUUGGAGGGAGUUUACAGAAACAAUAUAGAUGAUGUGGUUCGAUUCCUAGAUUCGAAGCACAAAAAUCAUUAUAAAAUUUAUAAUCUAUGUGCUGAACGACACUACGAUGCAUCCAAAUUCAAUUGUAGGGUGGCUCAAUAUCCCUUCGAGGACCAUAACCCGCCACAGUUGGAAUUAAUAAAGCCCUUCUGCGAGGAUCUUGACCAGUGGCUGUCUGAAGACGAGAACCACGUGGCGGCCAUCCACUGCAAGGCAGGCAAAGGUCGCACGGGGGUCAUGAUAUGCGCCUACCUAUUGCAUCGCAGGAAGUUCUUAGAGGCACAAGAGGCACUGGACUUUUAUGGGGAAGUCAGGACCAGGGAUAAAAAGGGGGUCACCAUUCCCAGCCAGUGCAGGUAUGUGUAUUACUACAGCUACCUGCUGAAGAACAAGCUGGAAUAUAAACCCAUUGCUCUCCUCUUCCAUAAAAUGGUUUUCCAGACUCUGCCCAUGUUCAGUGGGGGCACCUGCAGGGACAGUACUGUUAAAAACAGGAGUGAGGUGAAUCCCCAGGGCUUCAAGAAAGGCAACUGGCACUGGGACCCUCAGUUCGUCGUGUAUCAGUUGAAGGUAAAGAUCCACACGUCAAACCCAGCCCACACACGGAGGGAAGAAAAGCACAUGAUCUUUGAGUUCCCUCAGCCUCUUCCGGUUUGUGGCGACAUCAAAGUGGAAUUCUUCCACAAACAGAGCAAGAUGAUGAAGAAGGAUAAAAUGUUCCAUUUCUGGAUAAACACGUUCUUCAUCCCGGGUCCCGAGGAAGCUGGGGAGAAAGUGGAGAAUGGGUCGGUGGUCAACGAUGUGGACAGCCUCUCCUCUCAGUGCCAGAGCUUUCUAGCAGAGAGGGUGAGAGAAAAGGAGCGAGGGAUCGCAGUGGGAGGAUUUGAAAGAGAAAAGGGUGCAGAAAGGGGAGGAGAGCGAGCAGGAGUAUCGGUUGGAGAUAAAGACUACUUGAUUCUGACCUUAACAAAGAACGACUUGGAUAAGGCCAAUAAGGACAAAGCUAACCGAUAUUUCUCACCCAACUUCAAGGUGAAGUUGUACUUCACCAAGACCGUGGAGGAGCCCUCAAACUCAGAAGCGAGCACUUCAACUUCUGUCACUCCGGAUGUGAGUGAUAAUGAACCCGAUCACUACCGCUAUUCAGACACCACUGAUUCCGACCCAGAAAAUGAACCUUUUGAUGAGGAACAACACGCACAGAUUACAAAAGUCUGAACACUUGGCAUCUACACAGACACACACACACACACACACACACACACAUACAUACAUAUACACAAACAAAUACAU